AUGAGAUCGUCCUUGCUCAGAUUCGAAGGAACAAAUAGCAGGUCCAGUAUGAAUUCUAAAGCCAGCUUAUGCUUCAAAAGGCUUGCAAGUUUCAAGCUACCUAAUCGGCCGCCCUUUCAUGAGGUUUUCCCGCAAAAAACACUAGUAAAUCGAAUUCUAUUUGAACUCGACAGUAAAUUGACAUUUCCUAAGCUUUAUCCUGUUUAUGAAUCGAUUUACAACAAUCUGGGACAUAGCGACCGGGAAAACGCGCUUCCAAAGUCUUUCACAGCUUCAGAUGUUAUGAUUAUGAAAAAAGUUCUAGAGAAGCUGCGGCAUCGCACUAAAAGCACUAACAGGAACUUCAUUGCCCUAGAAAACGAGUUACUAGAAAAGGCGGCAGAGAUGGGCGACAAUGAUGCCAUCGGGUUACUUGCAUAUAGCGUUUUGAAAAAUCCUCAGAAGAAUUCCGCGGAAGAUGUUGCACAUGCCAAGAGCCUUAUAAAACAGCUUUAUCAGAUGAACCACUCGCUUACCCUAAAACUUACAGGCGAUUUUGCUUGGAGAUCAGAUGAUUUUACGAACGCUGAGAGCUAUUAUAAACGUUUCCUUGAGUUCGAAAACGAUACAUUCAGAGCAGGCGAAGUUUAUGGCCAGCUCGGUAUUUUGUACUUAAGAAAGCCUGAUCUCAAGGAGGCGGAGCGCUGUUUUUUAUCAAGCAUCAGUUUAGCACCACGAGAAAAUGUUGUUAAGUCGUAUUAUCAUCUUGCACAACUAUACAUGGAGUCAUACCCUCUCAAAGCCAGGUCUUUAAUGGAAAGUGCCGCAGCCGAAGGGUUCAAGGAAUCCUUUCAGCUCUUGGGAUUCUUGGAGAUGAACUAUUUUCAAAAUUAUGCAAAAUCACAACAGUGGUUUAAAUUAGGAAUGGAGUUGUUCGAAGUUGAUUGCUAUAUUGGAUACUUCGACAGCUGCGUCAAAAUGCAAAAAUGGCACUUGGCCAAAAAGUGUUUGGAGACUAUGCACUUGUUGGUUCAAAAAAAUACAGCUCAAUACCCAGCUUACGAAACCUUUUUGAAAUCUCGCGAAGACAAAAUUGAGGCUUUGAAAUUACAUUCCACAAAUCCCCACAUUGAAGUCAGCAAAUAUGCAACUCAAAUGAGAGGUUCGCCAGCAACCAAAAGAAACACGUGGGGGCUGUAG